AUGCAUCCUUCAAUCGCAAACCUUUCCUCGCGCCUUCACCUCUGUUCAGGUGAUGUGCCGCCACCACUCGUGGGCGCAUCGGCAACGCUGGUCGAGCCAACGCCCAAUGGUAACAUCAGAGGUGCUCGUAUCUACCUCUUCGGCGGUCGUCUCGUCAGCAGUCGUCGAAUGGUUAACAAUCUUUACUUUCUCGAUCUCGAUGAGAUGAAAUGGUCCCGAAUUAAUCCAACCGCAAAGCCUCGGCCUGGCUCUGAUAUCGGUGCAACAGAACAACCGCAACCACGCUACUUUCAUUCGGCAGAUCUAUGGCAAGAUAAGAUCGUCUUCUUUGGUGGCAUGGGCUACUCCCAACGAAUAGACGAAAAGACAGGCGAGCCAGUCGCUGAAGAGCUUUGCGUGCUCGAUGAGCUGCUUGCUUUUGACCUCACCACUCAGCAGUGGGACUACAUCUUUGACCUCCUCCCGCAUCCCUCGCCGUCGACACCGCACAGUGACCCGGCUUCCACCUCUCAAGCCGACACGCUACGACCAGCACCUCGAUACGCUCAUCUCUCCUCUCUCUCGGGCGAUACGCUUUCAAUCAUAGGCGGACAGAACCUUGCCAACCAGUACGUCGAGUCCAUCAACCUCUUCAGUCUCUCUCAGAACCGCUGGAUCGGCGCUCAGCGCUUCCGCAAGCAGUGUGGCAGCUACCGAUCCCUCUCUGUUGGUGCCAAAUGCCUUUACAAGGACGGUGAGAAGGCCAAGUGCUAUCCUCGUGCCAAGGACCCGCUCAACAACGCUCUCGCCUCAGCUGCACCGGACACGCUCGACACUCCAGGCUCUAGCGCAAGCGCAGCACACAACAAUGGUGUUUCUUCGACUCCGAACGGCCAUGUCGCUCGCAAGACGGGGCAAGUCGAGCAAAACCCUCUGCCUAUCAGUUGCCAGCCCGAGCCAAACCUGGCCCUCCCAGUAUACCUCUACUCGAACUACAACUUUACCGAUGUCCGAAGAGAGCUCCAAGUGCUUACCAUGCGGGGCCAAACCGGUCUCAACGCCAGUUCCGAGGCUAGCCUGACUCAGCAACGCGCUCGCAGUGGCUCCAAUGCAUCUCAAGAGUCUGCGAUCGACGUCGAAGGUCCCCUUACUUCCUCGCAAGCCGCUGCCCCAUCUUCAUCCGAUCCUUCUGUUUCCAUCGAGGACCGUUCAAAUCAGAUGGGCGGAGUGACGCUUCCACCAGGACUUCGAUUCCCAACCGGUGCGCUUCUUGGGCCGUACCUCCUCAUCUCGGGUACCUAUCUUGCCAACGCUACGCAAAGCUUCUCAAUCUGGGCACUGCAUUUGCCCACAAUGGUCUGGUCCAGGAUCGAGUCUGGCUCGACGCUUUCAACAGGAAGCUGGAACCGAGCUCUCCUUUGGCCAGGCAAGAACCGACUCAUUGUCGUCGGACACAAGGAGAGGGACCUCGUCAGCGACUACAACCAUCGUCAGACCAACUGGGAUCACGUAAUUGUGCUCGAACUCGAGGCAUGGGGCAUCUACCAGCCUCCCUUCUCCACUCUGUCCGAAGCAGCAGUGCAGAUGGGACUCGACAAGCUCGCAGCUUCCGCACCUUCCGCCAUGGCUUCAGCACAGGCACUCGCUCGAGGAGUUGGUUCUCUGGACCAGAUUUCAGCAGACGCCAAUGCAUCUUCAACGCCAGCAACUGCUGGAGCGGAUGGCAGUCUAGAAGGCGAGAUGGAAGCGCUCUGCCUCGGUGGACGAGGUGACUUUGAGAUCGUCUGCUCCGACGGUCUCAGGAUUGGCUGCGACCGUGCCGUCCUUGAAGCUCGCUGGCCGUGGUUUAGAUCCAAGAUGGACGAGUUCCGCAGGAAAGCCAGGCGCACUCUCCGCAUUGCUUACCCCGCCGUGACCGAGCAAUUCGGUCUGGGCAUGAUCCCAGAAGACGUUGCCGAGUUCCUGGCGGAGGAGGAGGAAGAUGAAGAGUCUGUCGACCCUUUGGUCGUUCCCUCUGCCAAUCAAGAUGAAACCCAGGGCGGAAAGCAGAAGCUGAGAGAUCCCCGCUUCCAGCCGCGCCACCUGCAAAUCUCAGAGCCGUCUCCGGUCGUGCUUGCCUUGCUGCAGUUCUUCUACACGUUACGAAUCUGCACCGCAUUGCAACGUCACCCAGCUGUGGUGUGCGCGCUCAUGGUGUUGGCAAGGACAUACAACAUGGAAGACUUGGCUUCCUGGGCUCGCCACGCCGCGCACGUGGCCUUGGCCGAUGACUUGAACCCCAAGACUUCUUCAUCUUCCCGACACGGCGAUGCCUUGUCCCCCUCGUCUUCCGUCACCCACAACAUCGACAUCGCCGAGAACAGCGGACUUGAGCUGUUCCGUCCAGCCGAGUCGCUCGGACUGCAUCCAGAAGAGCGUCAUCGCCUUGCCGUCUGCCUAUACGAGGCUGCCUCGCUGUGUGGCUGCGAGGGACUGCAGAUCCGCGCACUGCGAGUCGUCAUGGCCAUUGCACGUUGGCUGCAGAAGCACGGUGCUGGUCCAAACACGGGCGGUGGAAGUGGCGCGGGUCUCGAAAGGCAGGGUCAGGGUCGAGGCGACGGCCCAUCCCGUGAUCGAUCCGGCUCGACCUCUCACUACGGUGGAGCUGGUGGCAGCAAUGGAGCAGGUUCGGCUUACUCGUCAGCUGGUCAAAUGCGCGCCGGCUCCGGCUCCAACUACCGAGCAGCGUUAGGAAGCAUUCUGAGCACGGCAACUUGGCCGUUGCUCCAAAUGCCAUCGCCGGUUCCAUCCUUGUCGCGAGCCGGUUCCGACACUGCGAGUUCGCAUGGGCCACUGACACCCAACUCGAUCUACCAAAGCUUCUUGGACCGUCGCGGAGAUUCGUUUUCGUCCUCGACCGAUGUUCCCUGCGCUCCUUCAAGUGGCAGUGCACUCGCCUACCUCAGCAACGAGGUCGAGUCGCUAUAUGGCGAGCCCGGCUACGAGUUUCGUAAGAUGCCAUCAUCUGUGCAGGAUUUCUCGAGCAGUCGAAUGGAGAAGUACUCAAUGGCUAUGUCAUCGCACGAGACUGCCAGCCGAAGCACCACUGCAGCGCCUUCGACAACAGUCGUGCCAGCGACGACAGUUGGCAGCGAGCUUGACCCGAUGGAAGCACCCACUUCGACGAGCACACGCAAGCGCUUCAGCCUGUUUGGCCGCAACACGACGUCCAACACGCCUGUCAUUCCUGAAGCGUCGACACUUGAGGCACCGACCCGUCCCGGUAGCUCCCUAGGAUUCGAUGAUAACCUGAUGGGCGAAGGUUUUGUCAAGGUAUACGCCCCUGAGCAGCCGCAGCAGACUUCAUCGUCAUCAUCGCUGCUGGACCGCCGCGCUAAUGCCAGUGCCAACGUAGGAGCCAACUCGAGCCAGCUCUCGUCGCCGCUGUCGACGAGUGACGACUGGUCGAGCCGAUUCAGGUUGCCGCGUCACUCAAUAGCAACGCAGUCUCGCGAUGCACCCAUCGCCAGUACAGUCUCAUCAGCGCCCAACUCUCCAGCCUUGAGCAUGGACCCUAAACGACGACACCUGCAGGCGGCAUCAUCGUCAGCUGCUUCAUCGCCUGCCAGCGAGCAGUUCCCUGUCAACUCGUACGGACCCCGUUCGGAGCAGGACGUGUCGCGGUCCGCCUCGCAACACAAUCUCGCGACGGACGCCAGCGCCACCGGUGCUAGCAGUCUGCAGCGAAGCAACUCGGGCGCCAGCCAUCACAUUGCGACACCGCUCGCAGGGAUCUCGAUCUCGAAGGACGUCUCGCACUUGUCGCCUAAAGAGAUUGCCAAGCUGGAGAAGGAGGAACGCAAGCGCAUGGAGAAGGCAGAGAAGGAGCGCAAGAAGGCCGGGAAAGCUGAGUACAAGCGGUUAGCAGCUGAGGCGGUGUUCGGUCCCAAAGGCAGUUCUGGUCCAGCACCGGCACCCGCGUCGAGUGACUUUGCCAUGUACACGGCCGGCACGCAGGCGCAACUCACAAGUGAGGCAUCGACGAGUGCUUCGUCCUCUCGACGAUCCUCGGAGCCUUCUGACUCUCGUUCGGGCACCAGCACGGCGAGUCCACGGACAGGCAGUAGUUUGAGGACAGCGUACAGCCCUCGUUCACCUGCCAUCGUCGCACCGACCAAGAGAGGUGAAUGGUCGGUGACGACAGCGACAACGGUCAGUCCAUGGUUCAGUGCUCCACUGCCACCGAUGAUGGGCGCGUCUGGCCUGAAGAGUAUGCCAAAGGGCAACCGUAGCGUCGGCUCGUUGAGCGGUCGAAGCUCUGGUAAGACCAGAUUGACGUCGUAG